AUGGCAGACGCAUCGCACUCCUCCCUGAAGCGACGGCACUCCGGUGAUGAAAAUGGCACUCCCAAACGCCCGCGAUCCAAUCAUGGAUCCCCCGCACCCGAUAGAAACGGUGGUGUGGCGCCGAAAAUCGACAUUCAAAAGGCCAUUGCGGCAGCAAAGGCGAAAGCAGAAGCCGUCCGCGCCCGACUCCAAGCGCAAGCCGGAGGAAGCCCGGCUUCGAUUACCGCUUCCCAAUCUCCUUCCCCCGCGCCUCCUGCGACCCCAUCCCUAUCCAGAAUCGAGCAAAUGAAGGCUCGCGUUGCUGCAGCGACUGGAAGAGCGAAUGCAGCUGUUCAGCCAAAGCCACAGCCCACUCCUUCAUUCGUACCUUUGGCUUCUGAGGAAGGAACUUCAAGAGCUAGGGGCGGCCUCGAUGUGGGCCUGCAUCCAGCUCUCCUUGGGGACAUGGGAUCCGAUGGUAGGUCUGCUAAAAACAAGCAGGCUAUGCACCCCAAAUUUGCUACGACUAUGGCGAAUCGCCAAAGAGACUCGUCUCUACCAUUGAUCAAAUCUAAAGGCAAGCAGCUUGAUCUUUCUGGGCCCUCGAUCGAAGAAACCAGAAACAAUCCCUAUUUUGAUCCGAGUCUUGGAGCAAAGACAGCCCUCGCCCGCCCUCGCUACUCCCGUCAGCUCGUGUUUAACCAAAAAGGGAAAUAUAUUCAGCAGGCUGCAGCUUUACGGCGACAGGCACAGCUGGAAGCUAUGAAAAAGAGAAUCGCAGAACGUGCUCGCCAGGCCGGCAUAGAUGAAGACCUGGACCUGGAAAAAGCAUUUCUGGUCCCUGCCCCUCCCGCUAUUGAGUGGUGGGAUGAAGGUCUUGUCAACGGGACUGAUUAUUCCGCUAUCGACAAAACAGAAAACUUAAAGAUAGAUUCGCCAGACUCGGUCAUCACCCUCUACAUACAACACCCAGUACUGCUGGAGCCUCCUCAGGACAAAAACAUUCCACCGCCCAAACCUAUGUAUCUCACACCCAAAGAGCAAGCCAAAAUACGUCGCCAGAGGCGGAUGGCCGACCUCAAAGAGCAACAGGCUAAAGUUCGACUGGGUCUCGAACCGGCGCCUCCUCCAAAGGUGAAGAAAUCGAACUUGAUGCGUGUUCUCGGUGAAGAGGCUGUUAAAGAUCCUACUGCCGUUGAAGCCCGUGUUAACCGAGAGAUUGCUGCACGUGCCGAAAAGCACAUGGCGGAUAACGAGUCUCGUAAACUAACAAAAGAAGAGCGGAAAGAAAAGCUCGCCAAGCAGCAAGAAAACGAUGCGUCAAAAGGAAUAUAUGUGACCGUAUACCGUAUUGACAGCCUUGCAAACGGUCGCCAUCGCUUCAAAAUUAGUAGAAAUGCGGAGCAACAUAGCCUCACUGGCAUUUGUGUUAUGCAUCCUAAAUUUAAUCUUUUAAUUGUCGAAGGUGGAUACCAUUCCAUCAAUGCCUAUAAAAAACUUAUGCUCAACCGUAUUGAUUGGACGGAAAAUGCUGGACCUAAUGCCGUCAAAGAAGGAAACCGAGAAGCUUUAGCAGCCUGGCUAUCAGCAGAGGAUGAAAAAACUGGAGAACUUAAGGAUUUAAGCCUCAACUCAUGUACGCUUGUUUGGGAAGGAGAAGGAAAAGCCAGGGCAUUCCGAAAAUGGCUUGGAGCAAGAGUUUGCGAAACAGAUGCCGCCGCGAAGGAUACUUUGACGCGUGCGAAGAUGGAGAACUUUUGGACUCUAGCCAAAACUAUGAAGUCAAGUACAACCUGA